AUGGCACCUCUUUCGGACGAAGAAGAAAAUUAUAUCAGAUUAGCCUUGUUAUUGAAAGGAGUGUCACCAAGAGCAGUCCGUAUUUUCUUUGACAAAGAAUUUCCACCUACAUAUCUACCUUCGACACUGAACAAAAACUACCACACUCUGAAUGGCUUGUUUAAAAAGAGAAUCAUAAACCAGGCUCAGUGGAAUCUUUUGUUUCCAACAAAUGGUGUACCUGAUUCCAAAGGUUUUGAUGUAACAUUGCUGAUCUGUUUGAUCAGAAACUUGACAUCUGUCACUCCUCCAAUCAAUGGAUUUGACUAUCUACCACUACCAGGGGAGACAACUCCAGGAUCUGAUCUUGCCAGGAUUAAAUGGUACAGAAAUAUACUAGCUCAUCAUGAUAGUAACACUAUGGCAACAUGUUAUUUCAAUACAGCAUGGAGAAAUGUGGUAGAUGCUGUAAGUCGAUUGGGUGGUGUGCCAAUGAAUCAAGAGUGUCAAGAGCUAAAGUUGAAAAUUUUAGAUCAGUCUAACCAGGAAAUUAUGCUGGAAAUCAAACAAUCACAGGAAGAAAUGAAGGAACUUAGACGAACAAUGGACAUUGAAAACUCAACCAUCAGGGAAAAUCUUAGAGAUUUGCAAGAUUCCCACAGUACAUUGCAAACAGAACACUCAAGCACUACCAAAAGUCUGAUAGAUCUGAAGAAUUCCCAUAGUGAUUUACAAAUGGAACACUCAAAAGUCACAGAGAUGUUAAAAGACCCAAUACCAUGGAACAUAAGAGAACAAAUUAAUGAAGAAUUGGAAAAUUGGAAAGAAGAUGACAAAACAUUUAUAGAAACAAACGGAGCAAAAUGUGUAUUAAAGUGCAUUAAAGAAAACGGUUGUGUUGUUGUCACAGCAAGUUCUGGUAGUGGAAAAUCAUCAUUGGUGCGUCACGUAGCUUUACAGAUGCAAAAUGAAGGCUAUGAGAUUUUACUAGUGUCAAAUCCUAAGGAAAUUAUCAGGUGGUACAAUCCAAUUAAGAAGAUACUGUUUGUUGUGGAUGAUUUUUGUGGAACAUACAGUUUAAAUCCAAUGAAGUUGGAAAACUGGAAAAAUGUGAUGGACAAAAUUAAGGCAUUAUUAAAAAAGAAACCAGUGAAGUUAAUUAUGUCUUGUAGACUACAGGUUUAUAAGGAUAGGCAAAUGGAAUCGUUGUCAUUCUUUCAAGCAAAUGAAUGCAAUCUUCAGUCUGCCGAUUUCUGUUUAUUGAAAACAGAAAAACAAUCCAUUGCGGAAUUUUAUCUGAAAACAGACGCUUCUGAGAUCAGUGAAUUGUAUGACAUGUUUGACUGUUUUCCUCUUUUGUGUCAAUUGUACAGCAAAAACCCAAAACUGAACAUUGUAAAUUUCUUUACGAAUCCAUUUACAGUUUACAAAGAAGAGAUAGAUAAAUUACAGACAGAUGGAGCACAUGUCAAAUACUGUGCACUUGCUCUAUGUGUAAUGUUUAACAAUCAGUUGAAAGAAGAAUGGCUUACUGAAGAUGUGGAUGAAAACAUCAAAACUGUUAUAAAGAACACAUAUGAAGCUUGUAAAGUGAUGGAAGGGACGUCACGAUUGGUUUUACGUGAUGAGCUGGAUUCACUUACAUAUACAUAUAUCAGAAAGGAUGGUAAAGUCUACAGAACUAUUCAUGACAAAUUAUUUGAUUUUCUUGCUUUUUACUUUGGCAGUGAAAUGAUUUAUUGUUUAAUUAAUAAUGCUACAAGUCAAUUUAUAAGUGAAAGAUUUUUAUUUGAAAGAAAAAGCAAAAAUGAUGAAUUUACAAUUAUUGUACCAACGAGAUAUCAGCAAAUGUAUAUAAAAAGAAUGGUAGAUGACUGGUCAAGAGGAGAGGUUGUAGAUGUUUUCUGUAACAUCAAUAUGGUCAAUCUUAUCUUCAGACAAAGAUUCCUUCUACAUAUACAAAGCUUAGCAAUAUCACAACAAAAACAAUUGGCCAGUUCAUAUGACAUUAAUGACAAAAGUACUCCAUUGAUACAGUGUUGUUUUAUAGGUGAUAUUGUUCUGGUUAAAUGGUGUAUUCAACAUUGCAUCAGUAAUGUAAACCAUUGUCGUAAUACUGAUAAAGUAUCACCUCUAUACAUAUCAUCUGAAUAUGGAUAUACUGAAGUAGUUAAGAUGUUAAUACACAAUAAGGCAGACAUUAAUAAGUGUAGAGAUACUGAUGGAGUAUCACCUCUGUACUUUGCUUGUCAGAAUGGACAUACUGAAGUAGUUAAGAUGUUAAUAAACAAUAAGGCAGACAUUAAUAAGUGUGAUAAUGAAGAGUGUUCACCUCUGUACAUUGCUUGUCAGAAUGGACAUACUGAAGUAGUUCAGAUGUUAAUAAACAAUGAGGCAGACAUUAAUAAGUGUGAUAAUGAAGAGUGUUCACCUCUGUACAUUGCUUGUCAGAAUGGACAUACUGAAGUAGUUCAGAUGUUAAUAAACAAUAAGGCAGACAUUAAUAAGUGUGAUAAUGAAGAGUGUUCACCUCUGUACAUUGCUUGUCAGAAUGGACAUACUGAAGUAGUUCAGAUGUUAAUAAACAAUAAGGCAGACAUUAAUAAGUGUAGAUAUACUGAUGGAUGUGAUGAUGAAGAAGUAUCACCUCUGUACAUUGCUUGUCAGAAAGGACAUACUGAAGUAGUUCAGAUGUUAAUAAACAACAAGGCAGACAUUAAUAAGUGUGAUAAUGAAGAGUGUUCACCUCUGUACAUUGCUUGUCAGAAUGGACAUACUGAAGUAGUUAAGAUGUUAAUAAACAAUAAGGCAGACAUUAAUAAGUGUAGAGAUGCUGGAGCCUCACCUCUGUACAUUGCUUGUCAGAAUGGACAUACUGAAGUAGUUCAGAUGUUAAUAAACAAUAAGGCAGACAUUAAUAAGUGUAGAGAUUCUGGAGAAUCACCUCUGUACUUUGCUUGUCAGAAUGGACAUACUGAAGUAGUUAAGAUGUUAAUAAACAAUAAGGCAGACAUUAAUAAGUGUAGAGAUACUGGAGAAUCACCUCUGUACGUUGCUUGUCAGAAUGGACAUACUGAAGUAGUUAAGAUGUUAAUAAACAAUAAGACAGACAUUAAUAAGUGUAGAUAUACUGAUGGAGUAUCACCUCUGUACUUUGCUUGUCAGAAUGGACAUACUGAAGUAGUUAAGAUGUUAAUAAACAAUAAGGCAGACAUUAAUAAGUGUAGAGAUACUGGAGCCUCACCUCUGGACGUUGCUUGUCAGAAUGGACAUACUGAAGUAGUUAAGAUGUUAAUAAACAAUAAGGCAGACAUUAAUAAGUGUAGUGAUACUGGAGAAUCACCUCUGUACGUUGCUUGUUAUAAAGGACAUACUGAAGUAGUUAAGAUGUUAAUAACCAAUAAGGCAGACAUUAAUAAGUGUGAUGAUGAAGAAGUAUCACCUCUGUACAUUGCUUGUCAGAAAGGACAUACUGAAGUAGUUCAGAUGUUAAUAAACAACAAGGCAGACAUUAAUAAGUGUGAUAAUGAAGAGUGUUCACCUCUGUACAUUGCUUGUCAGAAUGGACAUACUGAAGUAGUUAAGAUGUUAAUAAACAAUAAGGCAGACAUUAAUAAGUGUAGAGAUGCUGGAGCCUCACCUCUGUACAUUGCUUGUCAGAAUGGACAUACUGAAGUAGUUCAGAUGUUAAUAAACAAUAAGGCAGACAUUAAUAAGUGUAGAGAUUCUGGAGAAUCACCUCUGUACUUUGCUUGUCAGAAUGGACAUACUGAAGUAGUUAAGAUGUUAAUAAACAAUAAGGCAGACAUUAAUAAGUGUAGAGAUACUGGAGAAUCACCUCUGUACGUUGCUUGUCAGAAUGGACAUACUGAAGUAGUUAAGAUGUUAAUAAACAAUAAGACAGACAUUAAUAAGUGUAGAUAUACUGAUGGAGUAUCACCUCUGUACUUUGCUUGUCAGAAUGGACAUACUGAAGUAGUUAAGAUGUUAAUAAACAAUAAGGCAGACAUUAAUAAGUGUAGAGAUACUGGAGCCUCACCUCUGGACGUUGCUUGUCAGAAUGGACAUACUGAAGUAGUUAAGAUGUUAAUAAACAAUAAGGCAGACAUUAAUAAGUGUAGUGAUACUGGAGAAUCACCUCUGUACGUUGCUUGUUAUAAAGGACAUACUGAAGUAGUUAAGAUGUUAAUAAACAAUAAGGCAGACAUUAAUAAGUGUGAUGAUGAAGAAGUAUCACCUCUGUACAUUGCUUGUCAGAAAGGACAUACUGAAGUAGUUCAGAUGUUAAUAAACAAUAAGGCAGACAUUAAUAAGUGUGAUAAUGAAGAGUGUUCACCUCUGUACAUUGCUUGUCAGAAUGGACAUACUGAAGUAGUUAAGAUGUUAAUAAACAAUAAGGCAGACAUUAAUAAGUGUAGAGAUGCUGGAGCCUCACCUCUGUACAUUGCUUGUCAGAAUGGACAUACUGAAGUAGUUCAGAUGUUAAUAAACAAUAAGGCAGACAUUAAUAAGUGUAGAGAUACUGGAGAAUCACCUCUGUACUUUGCUUGUCAGAAUGGACAUACUGAAGUAGUUAAGAUGUUAAUAAACAAUAAGGCAGACAUUAAUAAGUGUAGAGAUACUGGAGAAUCACCUCUGUACGUUGCUUGUCAGAAUGGACAUACUGAAGUAGUUAAGAUGUUAAUAAACAAUAAGGCAGACAUUAAUAAGUGUGAUGAUGAAGAAGUAUCACAUCUGUACAUUGCUUGUCAGAAAGGACACACUGAAGUAGUUCAGAUGUUAAUAAACAAUAAGGCAGACAUUAAUAAGUGUGAUAAUGAAGAGUGUUCACCUCUGUACAUUGCUUGUCAGAAUGGACAUACUGAAGUAGUUAAGAUGUUAAUAAACAAUAAUGCAGACAUUAAUAAGUGUUCAGAUACUGAUGGAGUAUCACCUCUGUACAUUGCUUGUCAGAAUGGACAUACUGACGUAGUUAAGAUGUUAAUAAACAAUAAGGCAGACAUUAAUAAGUGUAUAGAUACUGGAGCAUCACCUGUGUACGUUGCUUGUUAUAUAGGACAUACUGACGUAGUUAAGAUGUUAAUAAACAAUAAGGCAGACAUUAAUAAGUGUAGAGAUACUGGAGCAUCACCUCUGUACAUUGCUUGUCAGAAUGGAAAUACUGAAGUAGUUCAGAUGUUAAUAAACAAUAAGGCAGACAUUAAUAAGUGUAGAGAUACUGGAGCAUCCCCCAUAUUUAUAGCAUGUUAUAAAGGUCAUGCAGAGAUUGUUGAAUUUUUAUUGAAGCAUAAAGCAGACUGUAACCAUAAAUUGAAAGGGCUUACACCAUUAGGUAUUGCUAAAAGAGAAAACCAUACUAAUCUUGUUCAUUUAUUGGAGAGAUGGAACAAACAAUCAAUAUAAUUAUAAUGCAUAGCAGUGGUUUAAGGACAGUAAUCAGAACACUAUAAAUUGUAAAACACUUGCUUCAAGUUUUUAUUUCGCAAUACUAAAAUAAUGCAAUGUUAAUUAACUUCUCAUGUCGAUUUAUGUCAGCAUUGAUUGUACAGUUUUUUAAAUGAAAUAUCCUGCCAAUCACUAGAUUGAAGGAGA